AUGGAGAAUGCGGUCUCGAAAGUCCAGACGGUCCGGGAGAUUGCCCUAGCAAAUGCGCUGAUCGACUUUUCAACGUCGAUGCAGCACCACUGCGGGCAAGAGUCGGAAGAACUGCGAAAGUUGGCUGUACAGUCAGCUGAACGAAGACUGUACUUAGUGGAAGUCUUUCCUGAUAUGUGGCUUCAUGCUUCCGUGGCAUUAGCGCGCUGGAAUUUGAAAAACGACGGCGACAAGCUUAUGCCAUGGCUCGUGGAUGCCUGGAUGCAUCAACAGAUGGAGGAUGCUUGGCAUGGCUGGCGCCUUCAGUACGGACCACCGCAUGUGCUGUUUCUUGACCAAGGUCGAGAAGUCCUCGAGAAAUGUUUGGAGUCUUACUUCUCAAAAUGGACAUGGCAAUGGAAUGUGGACGUGCAAUAUGCGCCUGUUCUACGUGCAUCUGAGCCGGCCAGUGUCAAGUCAGGCUUGGUAGGUGAAACGUUGCCGACUCUUGAGGCUGUUGGAGAUGUUUCCAUGAACGAGCUAGCUCCCCUAUUAGCACAGUUUGCUGCUGAGGGAAGCACGAUUGAUACUGCUCCACCUAUGGACGUCAUGCUUUUGUAUGACGAUAAAAUGCUAUGGCCUAGGCCACAUAGUCAAACAGCGGCUCACACAGACCUUCUUAGUCCGCCAGAUCGACGGCAGGUGGCGCGCUAUGUUCUGGAACGACUUGUUGGGUUGACAUCCGCACGAGCGAAAGCGGACAUGGCUUUUGCCAAACGGACCAAGAAGCCCAAUUCCACUCAUCCGUCUGGAAGCCAAGGCAUAAUGAACGACCUUUCUUUUAUGGCCAACAUGUUGGGUGAUUUACCUUCCUUCAUGAGCCUAGAUUCCAUGUGGCACAGCUCCGAUCCAGCCGCAUCGAUGUCGGCGUCUGGUCCAUCUCACGACACAGCACCGGCUCCCCCAGCUGAGUCUCCAUAUGCACCAGAAGAGCAAAUUCUAAACUAUGCAAAAUCCCCAGCUGAUGAUCAGAAGACAGCAAAGCUCCCGCGUUUGUCGCCACGAAUAUACCCCGUACAAGCAAAUGAGUCUGUGACUAUGCCUGCGUCAUCAUCCAUGCCAAAGACGAAAGGCACAAGCUCUGCCUUCCAGGCAUUCCAUGAGCGCUUAGAACAGGCGUUAGGACAACAUGAUUUAUCAACAGAAACGAAUGGCAUUACAGUGCCCCCUUCCGAUGAUGCAGCGCGACAGCUCGAAGAGAUCACACAGACUUUUGCGAAAUCGUCAGCUCCGACUCGACGGCGUGCACGUUUGCAACGGCAUGAAUCUGAUAACAUGCGCGACACGUCUCGCCGUGCUACGUCUUGGUAUGCAUCGCAUCAGGCAACAGGGACUAUGCCAGACGUGAAUGAACUUCAUGACUACUCUAUGGAUGGUUGGGGUCCAGAAACGCCAGCUCCGUGGCGCCAUGCAAGUCUGCACGUGAAUGCCCAAGAUGCAGAACCAUUGACAACAACACCAACAACAAAUUCAUCCGUAAUCGACAUCGUGUAUAUGACAAGACAGCUACUUACGGUUGUAUUGGUGUGGCGACAAGAUCAGAUCCAAGCUGGUGAGCAUGGUGUAUGGCAGCUACCUGCUUGGGACUUGCUUCGUCGUGUUCAGCGUAUACUAAACGAUGCGCGUCGGCGAGCGGAUGGGAAAGAAACGCCUGCCACAAGUUUUCUUCACGUGGAUGCAACAUCAGCAUUGUGCAUCAAUGAGCUAACAGGGCCUCAACAUAAGCACCAAAAGACUUUCCCCUCCGCCGCUGCUACUGCUGUCCCUGUCCCCUUGUCAUCAGGCACAGAAGCCCAACUGCUCACAGCCAAGGAUUGGAUGAAAUGUCAUGGCAUACGAGAGACUCUUGCGCACGCAGACAACCAUUCCUUUUGGGUAGCAUCACGCGCAUCUCAAGACGGCAUGUCCAGCACAUUCAUGACACUGGAGGGCGACGCACAGCGGCGGUAUGGCGUUUCUGAAUGCGACCAUCAACUUCGCCGCUUGGCAGCGCAGCAUAGCGAGUUUGGCCUUUAG